AUGCCUAUGAGAUAUAAGCAAAAUGGUCUUUUAGACAUGCUAGAUCGGAAUCGUAAAAUUAAAUUAGCCCCUGAACAAUGGUCAACCGAUGCUAAAGAUAGUUUUGAUGUUAUUAUAAGUUGCGAAGAGCGAUGUUAUGAUGUCAUUUGUGAAG